AAAUUAGUACUACUACUUUUUUGUGUUUAGAUUAAGCUUAAAAAGCUUUAUAUAAUGACAAUCUUCUUGUGAAAACUUACAUGGAAAGCCCAAGAACAAAGGAAUAUUUGGCCUUUAAGCAACCUUUGUUCCAAGCAAUUCUAAAACUCUUAUCUCUUAUUCUCUUUAUGGGUGAUUGUGAAAAAGUUCCAUCUUUAUUUUUUCUCUUCUGUACCAUUGCUGAACUUGAUCAAAUUGAUCUUCCUGUUGUAGCAUAGUGCUGCUGGAAUAAUGGCUGUGACUCAUGCAGAUCUUGCACCAAGUCGACCUAGCACCAAUUUAGGUAGCAAAAUGGGUGCAUUUCUUAUGGUAUUGUCAAUACUUCUUGGUCUCUUCUGCUUCAUUCUCUCCCUUAUUGCUGAGGCUACGCGGUCUCAGGUGACAUUGAGUGGUAAAGGAGGAGAAUGCACAUAUACUGGUAGUGGGAAAACACCUCUCUUGUGUGCUUCUGCUGCAUUCUUGGUUCUGGCUAUUGCUAUGGUGAUUGAGCACACUUAUUUGUUGAUUGUUGUGAGCAAAUCAACUCCUCCUCCUAUACUUUAUUGGGACCCUCAUUCCCAAUCUGUCAAGACUCUUGUUUGGCAAGCUGGCUUCUUCUUUGUUUCCACAUGGAUUUCAUUUGCUGUUGGGGAGAUAUUGUUACUAAUAGGGCUAAGUGUAGAGUCAGGACAUCUAAGACACUGGGAAACACCAAGAGAAAGUUGCUUAGUACUUGGACAGGGAUUGUUCUCUGCUGCUGGAGUUUUUGGUCUAUUGACAGUUUUCUUGGCUGCUGGUUUAUACAUCACAGCUCUUCGUGCACAAAAAUUCUUGCUUGAUCAAGAAAGUAUUAGUCGUCAAGUACUGGAAACUUCUAUGCUUUUUGCAUCUCCACCAAGAUCUCCUCGAACAAUAAUUAGACCUGUUCCUAAUGAAAAUCCCAUUUCAAGAACAUCUCAGAAUAAUAUUGAACAUGAUAAUACUUCAUUAGCACAGUACCUAUCUGACUUUGAUAAGUACAUGCACUUGGUUUGAAGGAAGCACAAGAAAUUGUACAUAAUCUUUACCAACCCUUUUUUUCGUUUUAUAUACAUAACUGCUUGUAAAUGGAACACUACACAUUCUUGAUGUUGAUAUCAAAAGAUUUUUAUUUUGGGGACUUUGAAUCCCAUAAUGGA